UUUGUCUUGUCAAACUUAAAACUUUGGUCUAUUUUCAAAAGGUUUGCCCUCUUUGUUGACCAGUGAUCCCUUGGCAUCACCCACCAUAAAUAUUGUGUUUUAAAGUUGGCCGAAGAGCAACCAAACCAGUCUUUUAGUUUAAUUCUCUAUCAGAGGCAAACGCUAUCUAGCUGCUUCCAACUAACCAGAGUACUAUAGGCAAAUGGGGAAUAGUUUGGGACGGAAAAAGACCACCAAAGUCAUGAAGAUAAACGGGGAAACAUUCAAGUUGAAGACCCCGGUGAAAGCUGAAGAGGUGGUGAAAGAUUAUCCACGACACGUUUUGUUGGAAUCAGAAGCAGUUAAGCAUUUUGGGAUUCGAGCAAAGCCUUUGCAGCCACAUCAGAACUUGGAGCCCAAGAGGCUCUACUUCUUGGUAGAGUUGCCAGAAGUUCCGAAAGAGAGAGUUCCAAGAAGGGUUCGGUCGGGUGUAAACAUGAGUGCUAAAGACAGGCUCGAGAGCCUGAUGCUGUCGAGGAGAUCUGUUUCUGAUCUUACACUUAUGAAACCAAUUAUUGCGAUACCCGAGGAGUCUGAAGAAGGGUCCGAAAGUGGAGCAAUGAGGGUGAAGAUGAGGCUACCCAAGGCAGAAGUGGAGAGGUUGAUGAAAGAAAGCAAUAACGAGGCAGAGGCAGCAGAGAAAAUCAUGCAACUUUGCCUGGCAAAUGCCAGAAACAGCCCACGUGAAGCUGUGCAGAAUGGAAAGGAUGGCAUGUUUUUGCAGCAGCAACAAGUGCAUUGGAAGGGUAGCCAUGGAAGCAUCGGAGAAGGUUUCAAGGCCCGUGAGAAAAGGGUGAGUUUCAUGCCAAUCAGCGAGGAAGGGAGCCAAAUAGCAGUUAGUUCUUAACAAGCCAUGGGACCAUACCCCAGAGUUAAUUUUCCACAUCCUCUCGAUCUCACCCUACAUUUAUACUCGGUCGUUUUUGUGUACAUACAACAAUUUUAGCUUUCGAGCUAUAGGGAAUCUAUGAAAGAGCUUCGAGUGAGAGAUGUAACCUCUUUCCGGGGAUGAUUAUGGAAAUCUUCUGCAAUACCUCU